GAAAAAAUGGCGGAUUUUGUGCAAUUGUUGUUGGGGACUAUAUUCGUCUUUUGUCGCCUCCUCUCGACAAGUAAAUAGCUUUACCAUCAGUCAACGUGUUGCUUAUGGGUUUGAGUGACGGAAUUUUGGUGGUUGUCUCGGUACUUGAAGGGCGAAGAUUCCCUAAACGACCACGGCACAAGAUCAUUGUUGAAACAAAGUUUGAUGGAGAAACACUGACAACUGAUCCUAUUGAUCACGUGGAGACUCCGGAGUUUACAACUGAACUUGCCUGGGAAUUAACCAAGAAGUCUUUACACCAGCAUCGCUUGCAGAGAACACCAAUCAAAAUUCAGUGUUAUGCUCUGGACACUCUAACAUCCCAGAAAGAACCAGUUGGAUAUGUGAUCUUAGAUUUAAGAACAGCACAGCAAAAGCCAGCAAGAGCACAAUGGCACUCACUUCUGAGCACGAAGUACCAGCGGUUGAAACCAGAGGUGAAGUUGAUGCUAUCACUAGAGGAUGACUCACAAUCUAAACCAACUGAAAGUCAAGCUUCUACUGGUAAUCAACAGCAGACACAACAAGGAGAUGACAGGAGAGAGUCAAGACCUGCUUUAGAAAGAAAACCAGAAUCUGAUGCAAUACACUUAUUCCUGAAUGAAGAGCAGGGAUAUUAUGAAAUUGGACCACAACUAGAAGACAAUAACAUCUUUGUUUUGUCUGUCACUAUAGGACUAGCCUCCAAUUUGGCAAAGUUGAUCCCAUCUACGUUCACCUUGUCAGACCCAAACCUUGGAGGUGGAUUCUACUUUUAUUACUCUUUACUCAGCAAUGAUGUUACAAAUGAAGUCUUUCAGGAUCUUCUCCAACCUAAUUUUCCUGCUGAGCGAGCUUCAGUAAGAAUCAGAAGUAACUUGGAGGUUCUGAGAGCAUUUUUUGCACAACACCCAGGACUGGAGAUCCAUUUGUGUAGUGGGGACCAAUCAUUAGGAAGAGCAGUUGUUUCUUUUCAAGGUCUUCUUGAUGAACAGCAAACACCAGCCAUACCAGCUGUGAUUGAACGGCUGUUUCCUCUGCUGGCACCUGGUCGCAAUCGCCAGUCUUCUGGAGCAGUAGAUGAUUCAGAGCCUGCUGUUGGUGUGUCAGUGUCACUAAGAUUUGAACAACAAGACAUUGUGGGGAUUGUUGCUAGUGCAUCAUCACCAAUUUUAGCUGGGGGAGGGGGGAUAUCUGAAGCAGACAAUAUGCCUUAUGGAGGCAAGUCAGCUCUAAAGCAGUUCUCAGGCUCCCCUCCUAGAGGAAAACCAAGAGAAUCUAGGAAAGGGCCAGAGACAGAGAUGGCUGGAGAGCACCCAGAUGGAACACCACCCCGACCACGAUCCAGCACCCCGAGUGGCCAAGAAAAACCUGGGCCUGGAAGUGGGGUAACUGCUGGGACUCACAAGGAUUCUCCUCCCAAGAAGACUAAGAUGACAGGCCAGGCUCCUCAGCCUCAAAUACCAGCCCCAGGCCCAAGCAGUGUUCCUUCACUUGGAACCAGGCUACCUCUUGAUCCAUCAGCUCACCAUUUCUGUUUUUCCAUUGACCUGCGCAGUAUUGCAAACCUUGACGUUACGUCUCCUGUUAACUGCUUUCUCAGGUAUACGUACCCAUUCUUCGGCAGCUCAGCACCUGUAAUGACCAGUCCCCCUGUGCAAGUUCAGCGUAGCAUGGAAGUCCUUCUCCCAAAAUCGUUCUGUGCUUUUGACUUUGCUGCCUCUCCACGGCUGCUUCAAGAAACUCUCACAAGAGUUCCUCUUGUAAUUGAGGUGUGGCAUAAAGACAACAUGGCUGGAAAUGUCCUGAUUGGAGUAUCAAGUGCAUCACUAGCCACUGUGUUAGCUGCAGAUAAAGCUAAAGAAGUGACUGGAUAUAGGCAGAUUUACAGUGAGAGGGUAUUAAUCUUUACCACAGAAAAACCCGCCCGGAAAAUUGGUGAGCUUCACGUGGUUCUUGGACUAGAGGACCUGGGCCCAGUAAACUUGCAGCGACUGAUGGGAGCAAAUGAAUACAGUUUGUCCUCUUCACUUGAGAGCAGCCAGACCUCUAGUGCCAUUCCUUUAGCCGAACCGCAGCGAGUUCCUCCUGCUCAACCCAGUCCUCCUCCUGUCACUGACCCACGUGACACCGAAGCGUACAAGGCUGCGUUAGAGCUGGAACUGUGGAAAGAACAACAGGAAGAAUUGUUUCAAGCACAGCUGCAACAGCGAGAAACCUCACACAUGAAAACUCUCGCCGAGGAAUGGAAACGACGUGACAAAGAACGAGAACUAAUGGUUAAGAAAAAGCUUGAGGAAUAUUCUCGAUUAGAAGAAAAGCUCAAACAAUCUAUUGCUGAUCUGGAAAGGAGAGAAAAGCAGUUGUCAGCAAGUGAGACUCAGGUGAUGCACAUGAAAGACGAACUUGAACGAGAACACGAAAGAAAGAUGACAGAGAUGAGAGAGGCAGCUCGGAGGAUGAAAGAUGACUGUUCACACCAAGUGGAAAUGGAGAGGAUGAAAGUGAAAGACCUGGAACAACAGAAACAGAGACUAGUGGAACAAGUGUACGAAGCGGAAAAGCGAUUUCAAACAAAGGAAAACGAGUUCAUGGCUUACAAGGAACAACAACUGACAAAACCUGAAGUGAAACUAGAGUCCGAAAUCAACCUUUUGAAAAUGGAAAAGGCAGAACUUGAACGUAAGCUAGAAACAGCAAACAAAUCAAAGAUUCAUUAUAAACAGCAAUGGGGCCGAGCGCUGAGGGAACUGGCGCGACUUAAACAACAAGAACAGACUGCGGCCAGAGCGCGGCUCAAAAAGCAAGAGCAGGAACUGGAACACAUGCGGCUGCGCUAUCUCGCCGCUGAAGAAAAAGAGGUCGUAAAAUCGGAAAAGGAUGCACUAGAGGAAAUUAAACUUGAGUUGUCAAGACUAAAACAACAAGAGGAAGCGAAAGCUCGUCUAAACCCAGAAUCAACUGAAAGCCACGAAAAAACGUCUAAUUCUUCGCAGAGAAGGAACGUGAAAUAUCCAGCUGGACUUUCAUCUGUUCAUGAAGAUGACGAAGAAGACGUAGAUAGCAGGAUUGCUAAACUAAUUGAAGAACGAGACACUUUACUACACACAGGAGUUUAUACCACGGACGAUCGGAUCAUAGUUGAACUGGAUAGACAAAUCCGCGACGCUAUAGCUAGCAAAGGUUCAUGACUGAAGGCUUAGAGUAAUGGGGGAUUCAUGUCCUAAGGGGGACACACUGGGAGGGGAGGGGAUACAUUGGGGACUGGAAUCCCCGGGAGAAAUUAAGUGGCGGCUUGGAGCUUAUUGUUCCGUUCAUAUGUAUGGGUAAGUUAUUGAGAUAUCCUGGGCUAGGUGGGAAGACGUCAUCCCAUACAAGUGGACAUUCAAACCCUUUGGGAUGCAAACGUGAUCAGCAGCUUUUUUCUCCAUACAUUGUCUCUGUAUUUUUAACCAGUCAGGCGGUGAGAGUAACGCAAUUCGUCACUUUUAGCCGCGCUCUAUUCUCGGCAAAGCUAACAAACAAACAAAUCAACAAAUCUUGCAAUUCGAGUUUGGAACGGAAAGGAAAUACCUGAGUAGAACUAUACACCAAAUGGUAUUAUUUAGACUGCCGUGGAUUUAUUAUGAUUUGUCCAUUGUUGUGUGUUUCUGUGAGAUGUGUUUGAGGCCGUGUCUUAGUCAAGUUAGAUACAUGAAGUCGGGAAAGAAUAUUAUUUGUGUUCUAAACUUCUAAUCAACUUGAGCAAGAUCACUAAGUUAGGACCUAAUAUGGCUUCUAUUUAUCAAAAUUAAAGUUCAGUUGUUAGAAUAAGUGACGCUAUGCUGACGAACCAUUGACAAGAUAAUAACAAUACCUUCUUGAUUCACACAACAACAUCUUUUAUUUACAGAAAAUACCACUUACAUGUUUUGUUUAAUUUCAAAGAAUUCCUUGCUCAAUUUUCUGCCAUCGCUUGGCUUCAUCACUGGAAAUUUGCAUUUUUCAAAGAAAGAAUAGACUUGAAUUAGGUUAUAUUUUUUGCGUGGAGGUUGCCAAGUUUCAUUAUCGAAAUCGUAUGAAUUUUAGCAGAUUUUAUGCUGACUGGGGUAAGUUACACUUAUUUGUCAGGACAGUUCAGAUACACCGCGCGCUUGCAUUGCAUAUAAUGGGCGUAAACCAUAAAGAUAUCAGCAUAAAGACAGUUAAAGCUUUCUUCAAUCUAUUAAAGUUGCUUCAACUGACACACCCCACCCAAAAAACCAUAAACACAUUGAGAUCGGUAAACACUGUUAACGAAAAUGAGCUUGUGGAUUAAUGGGAAAUAAUAUAAUAUUACUUUUUGGUAUUUGAUACGUGUGAUUUGACUAACCGGAUAACUAUGUAGAACACGGCCAUAUUUGACAUACUUUUUUUUCAAGUCAAAAACACUGUUAUAUAAUGUAAAUACCGUGCUUUUAAAAAAGUAAAUUUUGUAAAAAGUAGCAAUCACAAUAAAACAAAUUUUACAUUGGAAAA